CGGCAGCAGGCCCGGCCCUGCCCCCGGCUGGCCCGGCCCGGCGCGGCCCAGGCCCGCCCCGCCGCGGCACCGCCCGCCCAGUCCGGCCCACCCCGCCCACCGCCGCCAGGUGCCGGAGCCGCCGCCGGGAGCCGAUCCAGUGGAAGAAGCCUCCUUCCAACCUACACUGCUCAGAGGAGCUGCUUCUCUCAGCUGUCAAGGCCUCUGAGCUGUUGCUGAGGGGAAGAGGAAAGGGCUGCCUGGAGCAAUGUCCAACGACCCACCCCCACCGUACCCAGGGGGCCCCUCGGCUCCGCUGAUCGAAGAGAAGCACGGCCCACCCUCUGCACCAGAGGGUGUCACCCCAGUGGUGGGACAGCCCCAGGGGGUUCCCAUCCCCCCUCCUGAGUUUGGACCCCCCCCAUAUGAGCCCCCCUCGCAGCCGGGGUUUGUGCCCCCCCACAUGCCCACGGAUGGCUCUGGGCCCUAUGUGCCACCAGCAGGAUACUACCCACCCCCAGGCCCUCAUCCCCCCAUGGGCUACUACCCUGCCCCAGGCCCCUACCCCUCUCCUGGUGGCCACACGGCCACAGUUCUCGUCCCACCGGGAGCCGCCACCACAGUCACAGUGCUGCAGGGAGAGAUCUUCCAGGGUGCCCCUGUGCAGACCGUGUGUCCCCACUGCCAGCAAGCUAUCACCACCAAGAUCUCCUAUGAGAUUGGGCUCAUGAGCUUCCUUCUUGGCUUCUUCUGCUGCUUCGUGGGGUGUGAUCUCUGCUGCUGCCUGAUCCCCUGCCUGUUCGAUGACUUCAAGGAUGUGACACACACAUGUCCCAACUGCAAGGCCUACAUCUACACGUACAAGCGCAUGUGCUAACGGCACCGGGAGCCACUGAACGCCACCGGCCCCGGCCCGCUGCGUCCGUCUCCGCGUGCAUCACUCCUCGCUUCCCCACCGGUGGUGUGUAUGUGUUAUCCCCAGCUCCCUCCCUGCAGAGCUGCCACCACCUGCCCCCAGCUCUGCUCCUCACUGGGAAUAGUUGGAUUGGUGGCACUGGUGCCCAGGGGAGGUGGGUCCAGGCCCCAGACGUUAUGUGGGCGUUGCUGUGCAGUGCACAGGGGUGGGGGGGGGGGGCAUUAUUCUGUGCCCCAUUACACUCCAGGGUGUGAGUGAAGCGCCUCUCACUUGGAGGAAACCUGGGAAGAGCAGCAGCUGCUGGAGGUGCCCACACCAGUCCCACAGUGCAGGGGGUGCCUGGCUGCACGGAUGUGCUGGGAUGGGGAGCAGCCCGUGAUGCCCUCAGGGGAUGCAGCACUUUCGGGAUGGGGCCUUUGCGGCACUUUCAGGAAAGGGACUCAAUGACAAGGAGGCAGGGCAGUGCCACACACCAGGCUUCCGUGUGGUUCACGGCCUCCUCCAGCCCGGUGGCAAAGCCCCGAGGCAGAGCUGCCUCUGAGCACGGAGAGGAGCCCGGUAGCAGCACUGCACCCUCAUCAGCACCUCCGUCCUGCCCGGUGGCCACUCCAGCUGCAUGCACCUCCUCCCAGCCCCGCCACGGCUCCGGGGGCAGGGACAGCCCCGAGCAGCCCCCGCCCUCCGCAACCUGAGAGCCAAAACCGCACCCGGCAUGUCCUGGCUGCCCGGCACGUAGAGUAGAGGAGUUUGUUACCAGGCCCUGCAGGGUCUGUAGGGCCCUCCUUGCAUGUGCUGUAGGGGGUAUUUUAGUUCACUCCUGUGGGGCACAAGGAAGGGGCAAGCAGGCACUGACAGCAGCUGCCAGCAGCACUCCCGCAGCACUUCUGCAGCAGGGGCAAGAGGACCUGGGAGCCAAGUUCAGCCUCUCGGGGCUGCUCUUCCCUCCCCUGCCCCUGCAGCUCCCGGAUCCAAGUGCGGGAGUCUCUCAGUGCACAGGUCUGCAAACACAGCCCGGCCUGCACAGGGAGCUGCUGUUUGCUCAGGGGUGGAACUGUGGCACUGUGGUGUUUUUAUGUAAAUAAAUAAUAGACCCUGAA